AAUGCGUGACUUUUUAUACAUUUUAUUUACAAAGAACUUUAACUUUAUAAUGAAAUAUUGAAAUUUUCAACAAAACCCAACGGAUAUGGAGCCUUUAAAGACUGACACGAAAUUACCCAGUAUGGUCAUGUGCGGUGACCACCCGUCAAUCACGAAGACGGAGCUCAACUUAAAAGAGAAGAAAGUGCUGGAAGUGAAAGAGAGAAAAAUACCAAUGUCCUACACCAGAAUCUCGCCUACCUCGUCUCGUACGGAGAAGGCCGUCGAGCUGGAGCGGUCGCAGUCGCGCUCGCCGUCCGCGCCCGCGCUCGCCGGCCGCGGGGCCGCGCUGGACACGGGGAGUGUAGCGUACCCGGGCGCGUGUGUUGCAGCGGCGCUGAGCAGUUUCCGCUGGCCGCCGUACCUGGUGGUGUCGUGGCUGCUGGUGCUGUGCGCGGCGCACGCGCUGCACGCGCUGACGGCCGCGCUGGGCGCCGCCUUGCCCGCGCUGCGCAAGCUGUGCCAGUACUUCCGCACGCUGACGGAGGAGAGCUGGCGGGCGGAGUGCACUCAGCGCGUGCGGCCGGUGCUGCUGGCGUGCGCGACGGUGCUGCUGUACGCCGUGCUGUGCUGCGUGUCGGCGACAAACGCGCUGCUGCGGUGGGCGGUCGAGCCGCUGACGGCGGACGGGGACGAGGGAUUCACUUGUGGACAACUCACCAAAGUCACCGAUUACAUUGACGACUUUGAAAUGCAGAAUAAAACCGAGAAACUGUAGCAAGAAUCGGUUACUAUUGGACAGAUCAAACUACCGAUAUUGCAUUUACGAUACUAUUUUUAAAAUAAUACAAUGAAGUUGAUUCUUUUGAUAUUAAAUUUUAUUCCAUGAGAUAUUAUGACAACA